GUUGACGUUGCACAUCAGUAGUCAAGAUGAGUCUUUUGCGCCAAGCCGCCGGUGCCAUCGUCGCCACGACCGUCGCCGCCGCCGUCGCGCUCCCGACUGGGCUCGGGCUCUACGCCGCCUUGGCGUUCGGUAUCAACUGGACUGUCGUCCUCGUCCAGGCGAUUCCGAUGCAAUCCGAGACGUUCUUUGACCUCACGGGCACGCUCACGUUUGUGGUUGUCUCGAUCGUCGCCAGCGUUGUCCACGCCAACGCCGACUCGUCGCCGGCUGCGCUCGCCCGCGCCACGCUCGCGUCGGGCCUCGUGCUGAUCUGGUCGCUGCGCCUUGGCUCGUUCCUCUUCUUGCGUAUCCACCGCACGGGCACCGACGACCGUUUUGACGUGAUCAAGACCAAGCCGGUCCGGUUCUUCUCGGUCUGGACGCUUCAAGGCCUCUGGGGCUUUGUGACACUGCUGCCGACGCUGCUUCUGCACACGUCGGCAGUGCCGCAGUCGGCGCACGUGCAGACAACCGACGUUGUCGGCGUCACGCUCUGGCUCAUUGGGUUUGCGAUCGAAGUGAUGGCCGAUGCGCAAAAGAAUGCGUUCCGGGACCAGUACACAGGCAGCGCCAAGUUCAUCUCGACCGGCCUCUGGCGCUACAGCCGCCACCCCAACUACUUUGGCGAAAUUCUGCUCUGGAUCGGCCUCACUAUCUUUUGUGGCGCCCAGCUCGCGACGACAGGAGAUGUGCUCGUGGCCUGCAUGAGCCCGCUACUUGUGACGCUGCUCUUGACAAAAAUGAGCGGUAUCCCACUCCUCGAGGCGAAGGCCGACGCCAAAUGGGGCGCGUCGCCGGCGUACCAGCACUACAAGCGCUCGACCAACGUGCUUAUUCCGUGGUUUCCGUCGUCGGUGACUGCCACCGAGACGACACCGCUGACGUCCAGCAAAUAGUGGGCACGACAUUGGACACUUAACAAGUGUUACUACAGGUGUUUGUGA